AUGGAUGCACCAAAGUAUGAUAAUACACUUGUAUUCUAUCUAAAUGGAAACAAGGUAUCAAUUGUAGACCCAAAUCCAGAAUAUACUCUGUUGCACUAUUUGAGAUCAACUGCAGGCCUCACUGGUACUAAACUUGGAUGUGGUGAGGGUGGCUGUGGAGCAUGCACUGUUAUGUUGUCACACUUUGCUGAUGGCAAGAUACAUCAUAGAUCGGUCAAUGCUUGUUUGUUUCCACUUUGUGCUACGGCUGGAUGUGCAGUGACAACUAUUGAAGGACUGGGCAAUGUAAAGGACGGUAUGCACCCGGUGCAACAGCGUAUGUCUGAUCAACAUGGCUCACAAUGUGGCUUUUGCACGCCUGGCAUCGUCAUGGCACUGUACUCCUACCUGCGCUCGCAUCCCCAAGCCACUCAGCACGACAUUGAAGAGAGCUUCGACGGUAACCUCUGCAGAUGUACAGGCUACCGACCAAUCCUGGAUGCAGCCCGUUCAUUUGGCAUUGAUGGUGAGACCAAACUACCAGAGAUUGCACAGAUAGAGUUGAAGGAUGCCGAGGCAUCAGAGCAGGGCAUCUGUCCAAGCACUGGCAAACCAUGUGACUGCAAGAAGAAAUCCUCGCACAUUCCAUCCGAGCCCUUGGACCUCAAGUCUGAGCCCAUCUUCCCACCAUUCCUUCAGACCUAUGAGCAGGGUCCUCUGCAGUUCCGAGGUGAACGUGUCACCUGGUACACUCCAACCACCCUCCCACACCUGCUCGAGCUGAAGCGACAGUUCCCCAAGGCCAAGAUUGUUGUUGGAAACACAGAGAUUGGUAUUGAGACCAAGUUUAGGAAUGUAGUCUAUCCAGUGAUCAUCAGUCCAACAAAGAUCAGUGAGUUGCAUAAUAUCACUCAAACAGAGAAUGGAAUAGAGAUUGGAUCAGCCAUUACAUUGACAGAGAUAAAAUACUACUUGAAUGAUCUGUGCAAGAGAGUAGAUGAGCAUAAGACUCGUACAUUCAGAGCGAUCCUCUCUCAACUAAGAUGGUUCGCUGGCAACCAAAUUAGGAAUGCUGCAUGUCUAGGUGGUAACCUCGUAACAGCCAGUCCAAUCUCUGAUAUCAACCCAGUACUUCUCGCUGCUGGUGCAGUCCUGACAUUAGUAUCAAGGGAUGCCAAGGACAACCAGGUAGAGAGGAAGGUCAAUAUUGGAUCAUUCUUCAAGGCGUAUAGAAUUGUGGACAUUGAGCCAGAGGAGAUACUCACAUCGAUAUUUGUCCCAUUCACAUCCGAGUAUGAAUACGUUGAAGCCUACAAACAGUCCAGGAGAAGGGAUGACGACAUUGCCAUUGUGAGCUGUUGCUUCAGAGUUAGAUUGGAGCGUGGCGAUAACAAUCAGUUCACAAUCAAGGACUCUACAUUGGCCUAUGGAGGCAUGAACAUCAAGGCCGUCACAGCACCCUCGACACAGGCACUACUUCAGGAUACAGUUUGGAGCCGAGAUAUCCUUGACAAGGUGUGGGAGACGUUGGAGAAGGACUUGCCCUUGGCGCAGGGUGCACCCGGUGGUAUGAUUGAGUACAGACGAUCUUUGACCACUAGUUUCUUCUUCAAGUACUUCCUGACCGUGUCAAAUCAGCUCUACUCCGUGUCCAACGAUCCAAGGUACAUGGUUGGAGAGAAUGAGCAAUCAGCCAUCAAGAAGUACUCGAGGGAGAUGUCAAGCGGUGAGCAAAACUACCAAUACCAACCAAACAUGAAGCCUGUCACAAUGCCAAUCAAGCACAACUCUGCUGACAAGCAGGUAACUGGCGAGGCCAUCUAUACCGAUGAUAUCCAAUCAAUGGCCUACUCAUGUGCCAUGGUACUCUCAACAAAGGCGCAUGCAUAUAUCAAGAACAUUGAUGCUACUAAAGCAUUGGCAAUGCCAGGAGUCAAGGGAUUCUUCACGGCCAAGGAUAUUGCUGGCGAGAAUGACUGUGGCCCAAUCUUCCAUGAUGAAGAAUUGUUGGCCUCAAAGGAGGUGCUGUGCAUGGGCUAUCCAAUUGGUGUGAUUGCCGCAGAGACUCAUCAGCAAGCUUUGGAAGCGUCCAAGGCUGUUGUGGUCGAGUACGAGGACCUUCCCGCAAUCACCUCCAUUGAAGAUGCCAUCGCCAAGAACUCCUACCUCAACAUGGUGCGCAUGAUCAACGAUGGAGAUGUUGACAAAGCAUUGUCCGAGGCUGACCAUGUUAUUGAGGGCGAGCUAAAGAUCGGUGGACAGGAGCACUUCUACCUUGAGACCAAUGCCUCCCUCGUCGUUCCAGGUGAGGGCCUGGAGUUCAUGGUGCACACCUCGACUCAGAACCCAACCAAGACGCAGGUCAUCCUCUCCUCAGUGCUAGGCGUCCCCGCCAACCAAGUGGUGGUCAAGGUCAAGCGUCUAGGUGGAGGCUUUGGUGGCAAGGAGACCAGGAACAUAUUCAGCACCUGCAUCUGUGCGUUGGCCGCCCAAAAACUAAGGAAGCCAUGCCGAAUCAUGCUUGAUCGUGACACUGACAUGGUGAUCACAGGCUUCAGACAUCCAUUCAUUGGCCGUUACCGCUUGGGCUUUGGCAAGGAUGGCAAGAUCACUGCUGCCGAUGUCCAAUUGUUUGCCGAUGCAGGAUACUCGUUCGAUCUCAGCAGUGGUGUGCUGGAGCGUGCUAUGUUCCACUCUGAGAAUGCCUACAAGGUACCCAACCUCAGAGUGGUUGGCAAGCUGUGCAAGACCAACCUCCCUUCCAACACUGCUUUCCGAGGUUUUGGUGGACCACAAGGAAUGCUCGUCUGUGAGACUUGGAUAGAGAAGAUUGCUCACUACCUUAAGAGACCAUCAAGCGAGAUAAGGCAACUGAACUUCUACAAAGACAACGACAUUACUCACUACCAUCAACAGAUUACCAACUGUCAGUUGCAAAGGAUAUGGGACGAGACACUUAAGCAGAGUGAAUAUUAUAAGAGAUUGGAACAAGUCCAGAAGUUCAACCAGGAGAACAAGUGGAAGAAGAGAGGCAUUGCCAUUAUACCAACAAAGUUUGGAAUGUCCUUCACCAUCAAGGUGCUGAACCAGGCCGGUGCAUUGGUGCAUGUGUACACUGAUGGCUCAGUGCUGGUCACCCACGGAGGCACUGAAAUGGGUCAGGGACUGCACAUCAAGAUCAUCCAGAUCGCAGCCAGAGAACUAGGUGUGCCAGUUGACAAGAUAUACAUCUCAGAGACCUCCACCGACAAGGUUGCCAACACUUCACCAACAGCUGCCUCAGUCUCAUCCGAUAUGAAUGGAAUGGCUGUGCUGGAUGCAUGCCAACAGAUCAACAAGAGGUUGGCACCAUUCCGUGAGAAGAAUCCAACAAUGUCCUUUGAGCAAUUGGUAAGGAUUGCAUACCUCGACCGUGUCAACCUGAGUGCCAACGGAUUCUACGCCACACCAAACGUUGGCUACACAUUCAAAGACAAUGGAGUUGGAGACGGUGUACCAUUCAACUAUUACAACUAUGGAUGUGCAUGCUCGGAGGUCGAGGUGGACACACUCACUGGAGAUCAUACGAUCUUGAGAUCUGACAUUGUGAUGGAUGUUGGAGACAGCAUAAACCCUACGAUCGACAUUGGCCAGGUGGAGGGAGCCUUCACCCAGGGAGUGGGAUGGUGCACGAUCGAGGAGUUGGUGACCUUCCCCACCGGAUACCUGUUCACAAGAGGACCAUCCACCUACAAGAUUCCAGGCUUCAACGAUGUGCCACUUGUAUUCAACGUGUCACUGUUGAGCAAUGCACCCAAUCCAAAGGCUAUCCAUUCGUCCAAGGGUGUUGGCGAGCCACCAUUAUUCCUUGGCAGUUCCGUAUACUUUGCCAUUCGUGAGGCUAUUGCCAGUGCUAGAAAGGAUCGUGAGGGUACUGAUGGCAACACGUGGUUCGACCUAUCAUCACCUGCCACCUGUGAGAGGAUAAGGAAUGGUUGUGUCGACCGAUUCACCGAGCAAUUCAAUCCAUUGAACAAGAAUAUAUCCAAUGCCAAUUAA